ACGGGCUGACGACAUCGCGCACGCUCAGUUCUUUCCGUUCUUUGUUCAAGCGGAUCGGCAUCGGGAGGGGUUCCUCGCCCCCAGGGUGGGGAGCCGGGAACGAAUGGUUCUCUGCGGGGCGAAACCUACGAUUUUCUAUUGAUGUAACUAACUCUUCGCGCAUGCUCACUGUCUCCGGUUGGGUGGUGUUUUCCUUUCUGCUCAGUGCUGAAGCGGAUCGUCUGUGGGAUUGGGAAAGGGUCCUCCCCUCCUGGGUCAGGAAGCCAGGGAUCAGAUCACAGUCUGCGGGCCGAAGAUAUCGUUUUCCCAUCAUUAGACCUGCGGUGAGAAGUUUAUUUGAAGAAAAACCCCAACUGGAAGCAAACCACAGCUGAAGACGAGGGAACAGCAACAAGUGAAUUGGCCCGAGGACUGAGAACAGCAACUGGAGAGACCAACUUUGCAUCAAGAGACUCGGAUUUCCCAGUGAUUCAGUCAGGAGAAAGUUUGGGCCAUGCGUUAAGAAUUCUGCCGGCGCUGAAGCGCCGAUGAAAUGCGCAGGUGUCAGGCUGAGGACGUCCCCGAGUAUCACGCAUGCGCGCAGUGCACAGAAGGCCUUGAAAAUGUCGGCUACAGGUUAAAAACGAGAAGGAAUUUGUCGCCGGGAAUCUCAAACACAACACGCUAGUUUUGCUGUCUCUGUCUGGAUAUUUAAGAAGUGGAGCAAGGGAUUCACUCAAUCAUCAUUCCUGCUCAGACUGUGGGGAGGGAUUCACUCGAUCAUCCUUCCUGCUCAGACUAUGGGGAGGGAUUCACUCGACCAUCCUUCCUGCUCAGACUGUGGGGAGGGAUUCACUCGGUCAUCCUUCCUGCUCAGACUGUGGGGAGGGAUUCAAUUGAUCAUUUGACCAAAUAGCAAGCCAGUCAUUUUACACAGAAGAAAGGCUGUUCACCUGCUCAGACAGUGGGAAUAGAUUCACUCGGUUAUCACAAUUGAAUGUACAUCAGCAAGUUCACACUGGGCAAGGCCAUUCAUCUGUUCUGUGUGUGAGAAAGGAUUCAGUUGGACCUGUGGACACAUCAGUCAGUUCACACCACACUGGGCAGAAGCUGGUGAUCUGUUGAAUUUCUGAGAAAGGAUUCGCUCAGUCAUUUGACCUAAUGGCUCACCAGCAAGUUCACACUGGGGAGAAGCCGUUCACCUGUUCAGUCUGUGAGAAGAGAUUCACUCAGUCAUCCCAACUACAGAGACAUCAGCGAGUUCACACUGGGGAGAAGCCAUUCACAUGCUCAGAAUGUGAGAAGAGAUUCACUCAGUCAUCCCAACUACAGAGACAUCAGCGAGUUCACACUGGGGAGAAGCCAUUCACGUGCUCAGAAUGUGGGAAAGGAUUCAGUGAGUUAUUUAGCCUACUUAGACAUCAGCGAGUUCACACUGGGGAGAAGCCGUUCACCUGCUCAGAAUGUGAGAAGAGAUUCACUCAGUCAUCCCAACUACAGAGACAUCAGCGAGUUCACACUGGGGAGAAGCCAUUCACGUGCUCAGAAUGUGGGAAAGGAUUCAGUGAGUUAUCCAACCUACAGAGUCAUCUGCGAGUUCACACUGGGGAGAGGCCGUUCACCUGCUCAGACUGUGGGAAGGGAUUCACACUGUCAUCCCACCUACUGGUACAUCAGCGUGUUCACACUGGGGAGAAGCCGUUCACCUGCUCAGUCUGUGGGGAGGGAUUCACUCAGUCAUCCCACCUACGGAGUCACCAGCGAGUUCACACUGGGGAGAAGCCAUUCACCUGCUCAGUCUGUGGGAAGGGAUUCACUUACUCAUCCCACCUACAGAGUCAUCAGCGAGUUCACACUGGAGAGAGGCCGUUCACCUGCUCAGUCUGUGGGAAGAGAUUCACUGAUCCAUCCAACCUACAGAGUCAUCAGCGAGUUCACACUGGGGAGAAGCCGUUCAGCUGCUUAGUCUGUGGGAAGAGAUUCACUCGCUCAUCCAGAUUACUGGAACAUCAGCGAGUUCACACUGGAGAGAGGCCAUUCACCUGCUCAGACUGUGGGAGGGGAUUCACUCAUUUAUCCAGCCUACAGAGUCAUCAGCGAGUUCACACUGGGGAGAAGCCAUUCAUCUGCUUAGUCUGUGGGAAGAGAUUCACUUGCUCAUCCAGAUUACUGGAACAUCAGCGAGUUCACACUGGAGAGAGGCCAUUCACCUGCUCAGAAUGUGGGAAGAGAUUCACUCGCUCUUCCACACUACAGAGACAUCAGCGAGUUCACACUGGAGAGGAGCCAUUUACCUGCUGAGAAUGUGGGAAAGGAUUCACUCAGUCAUCCCAACUACUAGCACACCAGUCAGUUGUUAUGAAUCCCUAGGUUUUGUUUGCUGUGGACUGUCAUUUUAAGAGAGAGAGAGAGAGAUUAGGAAGGUGAAUCAGUCUGACUUGCAGCUUGUUUACAUCACUCCCAGCUUGUUCAGUUUUAACUGAGGACACAGACGCUCAGAGUCAGACGGAGAUGAAUGAGGAAAAAUGGAAGGAUCGAAACAAGGGAAAUAGGUGCCAAGGGUCACUGUUUGGAAUUUUCCUAUGCCCACAAGUGUGGGUUAAUUAUCGAUUCAUUGUACAUCGAAUGUGUGGUUGUCACCUCGUUUGAUCCAUAGGAGUGGAUCUGAUUUGGGGUAUCCUGUGAAGACCACUGAUGUGUUACCCCUUGCCUGGGUGUGGUGUGGUAAUUCACUUGAAGACGAUAUGCCUUGUGACAAGUCACUUUGGGUGAUAAUUAGUAUGUGGAUUUGGAAGGAUGACAGAUAAAAUCUACAGUGACUGUUCUCUUGUUUUACCACCAUGGAACCUGCGGAAUUUGACAUAAUUGCCUUCUAUCAACAUUUACCCUGGAUUACAAAUAUCUCUCUCAUCAGAUAUUCCGUGGUUGAACUGAACUUUCAUAAUUUACCAUCUGAAGACUCCAAGCCUUGUUUCCCCCUAGCUCAAUAGUUUCGGAUUUAUACUUACACACAUAUAUACACAUAACACUGUUAACUUUUGUUUAUCUUGCUUAAGUUACUAUAUUAUAAGUAGAUUCUAAUAAAGAUAGUUUUAAGAUCAAAAACAGACUCCUGGUGUAGUCUCCACGAGGAAAUCUGCAGAUGCUGGAAAUUCAAACACAUACAAAAUGCUGGUGGAACACAGCAGGCCAGGCAGCAUCUAUUAGGAGAAGCACUGUCAACGUUUCAGGCCGCGAACCUUCGUCAGGCAGUCUCAGGCAGUCCUGAUGAAGGGUCUCGGCUGAAACGUCGACUGUGCUUCUCCUUAUAGAUGCUGCCUGGCCUGCUGUGUUCCACCAAUAUUUUGUGUGUGUUGUUCCAGGUGUAGUCUAUUUGUGCUGAUUCGUUUCUAAAGCAUUACGAUUCAUAACAAAAUUGGGGCCUGCAUCUGGGAUAUGAACAGCUAUGAGGGCAUAGUCAUUAAUUAUCGAUUUCAUUGGGGAAGUCCCUUUUGAUUUAUUUGUGUGUGGAAAAUCAGCAGCGGAUGCUGAUUAUUGUUUGGAAGCAGCAACCUCUGAGGCAUUAGAGGAUGCCAGACGGAUUGAGUUGUUGAGUCUUGUUAGAAGGUUAAAAUUUGUUAUGUUGAAAUUGACAAUGAGGAGGGCACAGACGCAGAGGGUAACAGCUGAACAUUAUGUAUCUGAGGGUGUGUUUAAAGUGGAGGACUUGGAGGUGUUUCCUGAAAGUAAACCUCGUGAGCUUGAGCUCCAGUACGAGUGAGAAAAAUUAAAGAUGAAGGCUGCAGAAAGGCAGGGGCAGUUUGAGGCUAUAGAGGCAGAAAAACAGAGAGGAGGCAGAAAAAUAGGGAGGAAGCAGAAAGACAGAGGCUAUUCGAGCUGGAAAAGAUACAGUGGUUGCAGCAAAGGGGUCUAGCGUUAGACUCUGGUGAUGAGUUUGAGGCCAGUCAGGAAAUUAAAUUGGUACCUCCAUUUGAUGAGAAAGAGGUUGAUGAAUACUUCCAGCAUUUUGAGAAGGUUGCUUAGAAUUUAAAGUGGCCAAAAGAGGGUUGGUUCUCUUACAAAGGGGGAGGCUUAGCAAGCCUAUUCUGCUUUGACAGUUGAUGAAGCAGCUGAUUGUGACAUAGUGAAACAGGCUGUGCUCAAAGCUUAUGAGUUGGUCCCAGAAUCAUACAGGCAAAAGUUUAGAAAUUUGUGGAAAUCUGUGAACCGGACGUAUCUAAUUUGCUUAUGAGAAGUCUGUGUGUUUUGAUCACUGGUGCACAUAUAUGAUGAUAUAUAUGAUGAUGAUAAAUAAAUGAUGAUUUUUAAUAGCUUGAAAGAGUUAGUUUUAAUUGAAGAAUUCAAAAAGUGUGUCCCUGAUGACAUAAAAAUAUAUUUAGAUGAAAAGGAUGCUGCCACUUUGCAGGAGUCUGCUAGAUUAGCAGAUGAGUUUGCUUUAACUCAUAAGUUUAAGUUUACCCAGAAUAAGAGCUUCCAAAAGAGUAGCAGGGUCACCAGGGUAAACGAGAAAUUAUAGCUGGGACUAGUGACAAGUGUAAGGAUGAAGGGAAGCAGUUGAAAGAGAAAUAUUCUGGUCUUGCUUGUUACUAUUGUAAGUAAGCUGGUCAUAUGAUGGCUAAUUGUUCUGUCCUGAAGAAGAAAAAGGAAAAGGAGGCAGUCCCAAAUGCCUGUGUUCAGUACGUUGAAGCACCUAUAAACCCACAGGGUUCUGAACAUUCUAUUGAGGCUCAGUUAUGGACUGAGAGAUCUGACCGAAUUAAGAAGUAGUUGAUCAUUUUAUGUUAAAUGGGUUUGUAUUAGUAAAGGAAGGGUGAACCCAAGAACCAGUGAAAAUUCUUCAAGUUACUGGCGAUUCUCAGUCACUUAUAUUAGACAGCAUUCUAAAGUUUGGUGAUGAGACUUAACACUGGUGAGGUAAAUCUUAUUAAAGGCAUUGGGGGUGGCAUGGUUUCUGUGCCGUUGUACAAGGUAACUUUACUGUCAGGGUUGGUUUUGGGACCUGUUAAAAUCGGAUUAUGCUCCAUUUUACCAUUGGAAGAUGUUGGUUUGCUGUUAGGGAAUGACCUAAAAUUGUUCCUGCAGUGCUAUUGACAACUAAGACAACCGCUGACGACCCACAGAUGGAUUUUAACAUUUAUCCUUCCUGCGCAGGAACUCGAAGUAUGGCUAAGAAGUCUGCCGAUGCAGACGGUUCUGUGCAGCAUGAUUCUGAUACCCAUGAUAGCCAAAAUCGGGAUUCAGGUUAUGAUGUCAGGGAAUUUCUGCCUUCAUUGUUUCAACAGGAUUCAGGUCGUAAGUCUGAUGAGAAAGAUUUAUCCCUGUGUAGGAAGGAGUUUAUAGCAGAACAGAACCGAGACCCUGAGAUUGAAGCUUUAAAAGAAACAACUUUCUCAGAUGAUGAGAUUAAGAAAGUGCCAGCAGGGUAUUAUCUCAAGGAUGGAGUGUCAAUGAGGAAGUGGAGGCCACCUGCUAUACCAGCGAGUGAGGAAUGGGCAAUUGUUCACCAAGUUGUAGUUCCUAAAGUUAUAUGGCUGAAAUUUUAACUUUGGCCUGCAGUAUGCCAUCAGGUCGACAUUUUGGAGUGAAUAAAACUGUAAACAGUUAUGAAAUAAUUCUACUGGCCUAAUUUGAGGAAAGAUGUUGUGACCUUUUGCAGAAUCUGUCACACUUGUCAAGUUGUGGGUAAACCGAAUCAGGUCACGCUAGUGGCCUCACUCUGCCCUAUACCUGCAUUCGGUGAACCCUUUUUAAAAUUUAUAGUGAGGGGUCCUUUGUCCUUGUUAAAGGAACAGUGGAUUGAUGGGGAUGUACAUCUUAACUUGUUAGACAUUGUGUAGAAGUUCAAGAAUAAACUACAAGUUAUAGUCCAGUGAGACAAAACUUAAAGAUUUCUCAAAACAAAAUGAAGUGUUGGUUUGAUAAGUUGGCUUUGGAAAGAAAAUACCAGGUUGGGGAUAAAGUGCUUGCUUUAUCUCCAAUAUUGAUGAAUCCACUUCAGGCUAAGUUCAAUAGACCGCAUGAAAUAGUCUCUCAAAUUAAUGAUCUGAAUAAUGCUAUUAAAACACCUGACCAACGUAAACUAACACAGGUGGUGCACAUAAAUAUGAUAAAGGCUUAUUUUGACAAGCAGGCUCCAUCUGUGAGUGUUGUCAAAUCAUAUGGAUCUGGCAACCCUGAGAAUGAAACAAUUGACUUGUCUGAGACUUUUCACAAGCCAAACAUGGUCCCAGUUAGGCUAAUGAACUCAGUUGUUCCAGAAAACAUUGUUAACAAGUCGGCUCAUCUGCAGCCAAGGCAACAACAACAGCUGAAGGAAGUAAGCCUGAUGUUUAAAGAUUUAUUUCCCGAUGUUCCCAAGCAAACCACGGUCGCAGUACAUGAUGUAGAUAUUGGUCAAGCCAAACCGAUUAAACAACACCCAUAUUGUAUGAACGUUGAAAAAUGUUAAAUUGGCUGAGCAAGGAAUUGAAUAUAUGCUGAAAAUGGUAUUAUGAGUCCUUCAGCAUCAGAUUGGAGCUCACCCUGCAUUAUUGUGCCUUAUCCUGAUGGUGGUGUUAGAUAUUGCACUGAUUAUGGGAAGGUAAAUUCAGUAACAAAGAGAUUCCUCUCCUAUCCCUAGGGAGGAUGAUUGCAUCAUUAAGGUUGGAAAAGCUAAAUUUCUUACAAAGAUUGAUCUGUUGAAAGAGUAUUGGUGUGUUUCAUUGACGGACAGAGUUAGAGAAAUUUCUGCAUUUGUGACACCUUCUGGGUUGUGUGAAUACAAUGUUUUCUCUUUUGGAAGGAAAAAUGGUCCAGGAUCAUUCCAGAGAAUGACUGAUUCUCUAAUUCGAGGGUUAGAACAUACAGAUGCCUAUAUUGAUGACUUAGCCACAGGGAGUGGCACUUGGGAAAAGCAUAUCACUGCAGUCGAGAAGCCGUUUGACAGGCUUUCUCAGGACAACCUUACAGUUAGCUAAGAGUGAAUUUGGCCAUGCCACUGUGACCUGUCUUGGCUAUGUUGUUGGUCAAAGCAAGUUGGCUCCUGUUCGGGCAAAAGUCCAGACAAUUUCUCAAGUUCCUAUUCUGACUGCUAAGAAGGCUCUUAGAAGGUUUCUGGGAAUGGAUGGAUAUUUUCGUAAGAACUUUUCUGCUAUCGCUCUUUCUCUGACCAAUCUCCUGAAGAAGCGUGAAAAGUAUGUUUGGACCGAACCUUGUCGGGAGGCAUUUGAUCGAUUGAAAGUUAUUAUUUGAGGUUAGGCCAAUCAAUGUAGUGCUGUCAGCCAAUUUCAUUAGCAGGUUGGAGCUGUGGGUGGCAACACAGUGUUAUAGGUGCACAGAGAGUAAAGGAGUGGGCCAAAGAGACAACCCUGUGGGGUAUAUGUGCUGAGGGUCAGAGAGACAGAGGAGAUGGAGCCCACUCUUACCACCUGCCGGCGAUCUGACAGGAAGUCCAGGUUUCAGCUACACAAGGCAGGGUGAAGGCCGAGGUCUCUGAGCUCCAUGUCGAUACUUCACGCCUUCGUCUGGCUACUUCUCUGCCCAUGACUGCAAGGAACUGCAGAGAACUUUGGAGAGCAGAGAACAUCAGGGAAACAAGCCUCCCCUCCAUGGACUCUCCCUACACUUCCCCUCCCUUGGAAAAGCAGGCCAUGCACUCAAAGAACCUCAUAACCUGGACAUUCUCGCUGCAAACCCGCUCCCCCAUCGGGGAAGAGAUACAAAAGCCUUAAAUUGUGUAACACCAAGCUGAAGGAUGGCUUCCUGUCUGCAGUUAUAAGCCAACUGAAUGAUAAAAUGGACUCGACCUCACAAUGUAACUCGACGUGACCCUGCACCAUAUGUCUAUCUGCACUGCACUUUCUCUGCAGCAAUAAUGCUUUGUUACAGUUAUUGUUUUAUCGUAUAUCAGCUCGAUGUACCGUUGUAAUGUAUCGAUCUGUGUGGAUGGUACGUCAGGGAAGAUUUGAACUGUCGUUCAGUACAUGAUGAUAAUAAACAAGUUCCCCAUUUUAAUUGUGUGCAAAUAUUAGACAGACUGAGCUUCUGCUCUGGAACCACAGAAGGAAACUGAACAGUUCUCUUUCUGAGGAACGCAAGUAAAUAGAAAAGGCUUUAAUCUCUCAUUACGAUCUGCUGUAAGUGAGAUCAGGUGACUGGUGGUGGGUCUCCCAUAUUAAUAUCAGAAUCAGGUUUAAUAGCACCGGCAUAUGUCAUGAAAUACGUUCAGAAGUAGAACCUAAUUUUUAACCAUAGAUUUUAACAAUUGUGAUUUAAUAUAAGAAUAUAAAUAUCACAUUGUUAAAUUAUAUAAAUAGUACAAAAUGAAAAAAAAGAUGUAAUAAACUAUUUUAACUGUGCCGACUGUUUGACUGACUGGGUUGUUGCUUUGGAAGUAGUGGAGUGAAGCUUAACUGAACUUUACACAAUGAUGAGAAGCUCAGAUAAUUAUAAAAAGCUAAAUUCUCACAUAAGUGGGUCAGACACCCAGAAACAUCGGCAGCACUUCAGCAGGUAAAAACAGUGGAAUGAAACAUGGUGAAAAUAUUGCCGAAAAAAAACCAUAUUGUCCACCACAACGAGAGGACGUGACAGAUCCGGAUCUCACUGCCUUGUCUGAACGGGGAAAGAUGAAGCUACACGUAUAGGUAGAGCAGUGACCCGCAGAUGCUGCAGAUCUGCAGAGAAACGUGAACAGGAAACGGGAUCACAUGGCCGCUUUGGUCUCUCACCCCCAGACAGAUGUCCGUUUACCCACUACUCUGUGGAAAGACGCAAACGCCGCUCACAUCUCCACUCACCUUAAAUGUAUUAGACAUUUCAACCCCCAGGGAAAAUAUAUCGACUGUCCACUCUAUCUAUUCCUCUCGUAAUCUUAUUAACAUCCAUCCAGUCUCACCCCAGCCUGCGCCGCUCUGGAGAAAACAACACAAGUUUGUCCAGCCUCUCGUUAUAGCUCAUGCCCUCUAAUCCAGGCAGUGUCCUGGUAAACCUCUUCUGCGCCCUCUCCAAAGCCCCGACAUCCUUCCGAGAAUGGGGGCGACCAGAACUGUAUGAAACACUCCAGAUGUGGUCUAACUAGUUUUAUAAAAAUGUGUUCCAAACUGUGGCGUUUUAGAAACGAACCAGCAGCACUGGAGUUCACACUGGAGUCUGGUUUUGAUGUUAAAACCAUUAUCUUUAGUAGUAUCGACUUAUAAUAUAGUAACUUAACGAAAUGAAGGGAAGUUAACAGUGUUAUGUGUAUAUGUGUGUAAAUAUAUCUCCCAGACUAUCGAGACUGAGGGAACAAAGCUUAGAGUCUUGAGAUGGUAAAGUAGGAAAGUUCAGUAAUCCACGGAAUAAAUGAUGGGAGAGAGAUAUUUGUAAUCCAGGGUGAAACGUAGAGAAACGGCCGUUACUUCAACCAACCGCCGUCGAAGUUCUUAUCCGCUGAAUCUGUCCAGAUACGAGUCAUCAGCGAAAGUGACCUAUCACAGGAAUACCGUCUUCCAGGGGUUACCACAAGAACAUGCCCAGGCAAGGGUUAACACAAGAUAUUCCAAAACCCACUCCUAUGGAUUAUACGAAGUGACAGCCACACACGUUCGUUGCGGUUCUCUGUACCGAUGAUCAACCCACUCUUGCGGGCAUAGGAGAGUUCCAAUCCUCAGCUGCGACUAACUGAAGCGAUCAGCUUUUCCAGUCUUUCUCUCUCUCUCUCCCCCUCUCCCCCUCUCCCCCCUCUCCCCCUCUCUCCCUCUCUCCCUCUCUCCUGGCCGACUGCCUGUCUGCAGAUCGCUCUCUCUCUCUCUCUCUCUCUCUCUCUCUCUCUCUCUCUCUCUCUCUCUCUCUCUCUCUCUCUCUCUCUCUCUCUCUCUGAUGGUUCAGUCCACAGUCAGCGCUGUCAGCCUGUGACUGACGUCAUAGUCCCGCCUCCUCACGCCGGCGCUCUUAAAGAAACAGUCACAGUACCACCGCAGGCUCGAAACAGCCGCAACACAACUUCCCGACUUUUGAACUCUGCUUCAACUAAUAAAGACAACCAUGUCAUUUGCCCUCUUAACCACCCGAUCAAUCUGUGCAGUCUCUCUCAGGGAGCGAUGAACUUGGAGUCUAAGAUCCCUCUGAUCAUCGACAAUGCUCAGGGUUUUGCAUUCAACAGUGUACUGUCUCAUACAUUCGACCUACCGAGCUGCCAAGAUGAUCAUCACUAAUCAAAUCUCACUGAGAUUUCUCAGGUCCUGUUGAAUUUAUUACCAAGUGCACAAGUACGGGAAGGUACAGGGACAGAGAAACACUGACUUGUUGCAGCAUCACAGGCAAGUACAUUCAGAUAAUAUGCGGAACACAAAUUAUACGAUUCUCUGUCAGUAACAAUCUGUAAAUAUGUUUUAUGUCAUUAACGAUAUAUAAAAUACAUUGUGUCAUGAUCA